CGACCAUGGAUAUAGGACGACGAUGCCGCAUGCAUUUCGUUUGUGGCUGACGAGGGAUGGAGAAGAAGAGCUUCGACCCGUCGCUCAACCACGACAGGUGAGGAGGAGCAUUCAGCGACCACAGGGAAUCCGAUGCGAUGCACCUACUUGUGGGCCAUGUGAAUGGAUGUGCUGGUCAUUGUCUGUUCGGCAGAGUCAAGUAUGAGAUCGUCAAGUGCUCCAGUGAGGACCAGGACAACCCUGUCAGGGAGCUCCUCGAACAGACGUCUGCCACCAGAGGAUGGUGCUCGGCAAGGUACGCACAAUGUGUGCACAUCACAUGCAUCAAACGCAUGUAUGGAUCCGUUUGGUUUUCUGUCAUCCAUCCAUCGUACUUCUCUGCGUGUAUCUGUGUGUGUCUGUAUAUGUCAGGUUCUGUGACUAUCCGCAGGAGCUGGGGCUGAAGUUUGAGGGCCCGGUGCAGAUACGCCAGAUACAGUUCCUCUCCCACCAGUCGAAAAUCACCUCCAAACUAGAACUCGUAACCACACACGCGCACAUGCACGCACACACACACAAAGGCUCUUCAUGUGUCCCCCUGUGUGCUAUGCGUUGUGGGUGUCGCAGUACACGGCGCUGCCGAAGCAGGAUGGCCGGAACCAUAGCUAUGACUCCGUUAGGUUCCACCGACUCGGGUACGGUACGCGCUGCAUGGUGACAAAACCAAAUCGUGGCAGCACAGCAACUUCCCGCGGCAAUGUGUCGGUCGCCGGGCUGUCAGGUAUCUGGCGAUGUCCGCCAAUGAGCGAUCGGACUUUUCGGUACGGUGACAGAACAAGGAAGGAUGGAUGGAUGUAGCGCAGCGCAUCCGUCGGUCGGCAAGGAGGGAGGCAUUCUGCGUUGCGUCUCUCCUUGAGUCGGUGCGUACAGGCUCGUGAGUUGAAGUCGGUGUAUGUUGACGUGGUGGCCGAGUACAUCAAGAUCAUCGUCCACAAGUGCCACAUCAACAAAUACAACCUCACCAACCAAGUGGUACACACACAUACAUACAUACAUACAUACACACACACGUACAAUAGUGCAGUGGGUGCAGCUCUCUCAUUUCCCCAUCCAUCCAUCCAUCCCUCUCCUUGGUGACUGUCAGGGUUUUGUAGCGGUGAAUGUGUUUGGCGAGUUGUUGGGUCCCGACAUGGCGCCGUUCGUGGCCGGCCGCGGUCCGCCCCGCCAGUCCGGCCGGCGGGACAUCGCAAACUACCCCGCGCCACCCAGGAGGGGUGAGUGACGCCACAUCGUGACCACACAGGGAGGGGUGUGGACGGAAGGGCGGGGGACGAGGCAAUGCCAUCCAUCCUCUCAUUGGUAUUUCUUUCUCCAUGGAUGGGACUGUGCAGGUGAUCCGCAGGCGCAGGCCGUUGCCAUGGCGGAGGAGCUGCAGUACGACCCACAGACGGUCGACAAACUGCGCCUCCUACAUGCCCACAAAAACAGAGCCAUACAGGUAGGCUAGGUACCAAGCGAAAGAAAGGACCAAUGAUCUGUUGAAUGAAAUACAUUUGUUCAUCUGUCAGCUGGAGGACUACGAUGAGGCGAAGCGGUGCAAGGACAUGAUCAAACGGCUCACCGACGUCGGCAAGGCCCUUAAAGAACUAGAAGACAAAAAAGCGUAGCCAACACACCACACUCAACACCCAUGAAAAAAAGAGCCCAUGUCCUCCUCUUCGCCCCUUCGGUUGCAGGAUGGCGGUGCGCAAUGAGGAUUUCGACGCGGCGAAGGUGAUCAAGCAGGAGAUCGACCGCCUGAGGUCAGCUGCCCUCACCCCCGAUGGCCCCAUCAGCCCCGCAGGCCCGCCCUCACCCCCACACGCAUCACGCCCAGACAGGGACAUGCCAUCCAGCUCACAGACCGACACACCAUCGGUGCCAACCUCACACGAACAGGUGAGGGUCGGAAAACAGACAGACAGACAGACAGACAUUGUCCUGGAAUGCAGUAUAUGUGUGUGUGUUGUGGGCGUGUAUGUAUGUGUAUGUGUGUGUGUAGAUGGAGGAUCACUGGACGAGGACUGCCGCGGAGCCGUCGGGUGAGCUGCCUGCAGGUGAGGGAGGCGAGACCGUCUACAGCACACCGUAUCCCGAUCGUGGCGGCCGUGGUGAUGACGAGCUCAUGGGAGGAGAGGGGGAGGCAGGGGACGCCAUGCUCAACGUCGAUGAUAGACCGGCCGUACGUAAUCAACAACAUACCAACCAUCCCGCAUGGCCACAUGUGAUGUCAACGGCAUUUUGUGCGCAUGUGUUGCAGUAUGUGUCGCCGGACCAUUUGCCGUCCGGCGGUCUCCCUCGCACGCCCCCAAGGGGCGCUGGUGGGAUUGAGGGUGGUGGCUUUGGCGGCAUGGGUGGCGGCGUGGCCGAGCGCGAGGCGGCACCUCCACCGCCAUCAUUCCCGCCGGACAAACACCCACUCAGAGGUGAGUGCAGCGCAGUGGCAAAUGCGCGUCAUGUUGCGUAUCACGUUGGAUGGUUGUUUGUCAGGUGUUCCGAAUGUCGAGGAGUUGCCGGCGCCCGAGGGCAUCAGUCCGUCGUUCUCCAAGGAGGCGGGGCCCCUGAUAGACCUCUUCGGAGAAUACCUCAUCAGAUGCCUCUACUCGAAGGUCCGACACCUGCCUGCACCCUCCACACACAAGCGCCUGAGGUCACGUGUUCGUUGUCUGCUGUGCUGGUUGGUGAUGGUUCCUGCACCAUUCAUCCAGACGUGGCACCUUCGCGAGGCGGCAGUGCUCAAGCUCGACCUAGAUUUCAACGCAGGUGCCCAUAUAUCGUGUGUCAACGUCCAUCUAUCCACCCACCCACCCGUGCCUUGCCUCUUAUUUACCAUUAUACACUGUUCUCCCAUGGUGUGUGUCAGGGUUGUUUGGCGAUUUCAACACGCGUCAGUUUCUGGAGGGUUUGUGUGUGGUGCUGAAGCGCGCCAUCAGUGACAAGAUCGCACAGGUGUUCCUCACCAGCACACAGCUGCUGCAGUCUAUCGCCAUCGGACUAUUCGCCAUCCAAGUCCGCACACUGCCUGCCUGCCUGCCACACACUCUUAUUCAAUUUGUGCAUCCCUCAGGGUGACGAAGGCCUCAAAAAGAGCGAUGUCCAGGUGGCGAAGAAACAAGGGCCACCCACCAUGGUGUAUGUAUGUCUGUGUGUGUUGGCUGGUUGGUUGCCCGUGUGCAGCCGUGUUUGGACCCUUUGCUGCCUCUGUUGGUGGAGCGGCUGGGCGACGCCAACAACCGGUGCCGCGACGCUGCCGCAAUCUCACUCACCUCGCUGGUCAAACAACCGGUGAGUAAAGAAAUGAGACACACAGAGAGACAGAGAGAGACACGGACAGACAAGGAUGACGGACAUCGAAGUGCAUCGGCUGGUCGCCGCUCUGGUGUGCAGACUGUCGGCGGCCACUUUGUUGGUCAGUAUCUGCUGCGCACCUCGAAGAAGAAACAACUGCCCGCCAAGUAAGCCAUAUGGGAUGGGCGUGGUAGCCAUGCAUGUGUGUGUGUGUGCAGGUCGAUAGUGUCUCGUUUGUCGCUGCUGGAGUCGCUCGUGACCGAAUGCCAAUGCAUCCAGCCCAUGAAGAAGGACGGCAUGACUCAAGAGGUAAGUAACCACACAACCAACCAACCAUCGCACGGCGUUUCGGUGCGCAGCGCAGAUCUGUGUGUCUAUGUCAUGUGUGCAGGCGUUGAUGCAGGCGGCCAUGGGUUGGUUCAACAGUCCCCACCAGGAGGUCCGCAUGGCGUGUGUCUCACUCGUGGGCGCCAUAUACACUCUCGCGGGCCCAUCCGAGAUCGAAAAGCACCUGAAGGACCUCAGACCCGCUCAACUCGACGUCAGUCAGACGCACACAAAUCAGCACAGACACAAGGAGCCAUCCAGUGUGCCUCUCUGUGUGUGCGGCUGGCUGUGUUACUAGGCGUUUGAGUUGGAGUUCAAGCGUCGGGCUGAGGGUGGGGGCGGUGUGGCCGAGGGUGUGGGGCUGCCGUUGAGGCGGAUGUCUCUCGGGGGCGGCGCCAAGAGGACCGCCAACGGACCGGCGGCCGCGGCCAGCGGUGAGGAAAUGAAUGGGCACGUGUAUGCAGCGGCUAUGUCAGACAGCGAAGUUUUGGCAGACAGCGAAGUUUUUGCAUGAAGCCAAAUUUUCUGGACACACAAGUGGAGUGGUCGGUAGAAAUGAUGAGAUAACAUGUAUACAUGUGUGAUGGUAAUAUAUAAGGAUGGGCUAUCUAUCCAUCCAUCACUCAUAUGUACGUCUCCUUUACUUACACAACUUGCCUUACCGUUUUCGAGCAUGAACCAAUAUUAUAUCAUUUCUUUCAUCUCACCAGCCUAGCCACACAACACACCCACGAGUUGUAUGUAUGUGUGUGUGCAUCAAUCAGAGGGUAGCGGUGCCCCGGCCCCUGCCCCAGGCAAGGGCAAGAUGAGCGGUGAGGACAAAAAGGCCACGAGGAAGCCAGAAGACAUGCAACAGGACAAACCCUCACCACCACAGGUGCACUCACUGCACUGCACCAGACAGACAGUCACAAGCAACGGAAGAGGCAACCUGCCCGGGACCAACCAGUCCGCUGGCUGUGUAUCGAUGGGAUGUUGUUUAUCUGUGUGUGGUGUGUCUCGGUCCGUUAGGCUGUUGCUGACGUGUCUGGUGGUGUGGACGAGGGACCACCCAUAGACCCUGACGACGAAAACUCUGAGUUAGGCAUGCAGCAAACAGAGACAUUAUGUUGGUAUGGGUCUGUCUGUGUGCAGCACGUGUCAGUUCUGCGGUCGUCAGGACCCCUCGUUUCGGUUCGGUGGGAUGGACAUGCACCUCUUCGAAGAGUGCCCCCUCCUCAUCAAAUGCGACGCAUGCCAACAGGUCGGUCGCCUCGCCCUGCAUGCCUGGGCUGCAAGCUUGGGAGGGAGGUGGACACACACACGACAGACACUCCACGUGUGUUGUUGGCGCGUACGUGUGUGUGUAGGUAGUGGAGAUUGCGACGUUGAGGGACCACCGUCUGUUUGAGUGCGAGGCCAAGAACAUCAUCGACUGGCAGGAGUGCACCAGGUAGGUAAGAGUGACCACACGAGACACGACGCGGCCUCUUCCCGUUGUGUGCGCGUUGGAUAGGUGUGGCCUGGCGAUUGCCUCGGCUGAGAUGGAGGCCCACCAGAACAACGAGGAGGAAUGCAGACCACUCGGUCGACGAGACACGAUGAGACAGACCCAUUCAGCCGACCUUUCCAUCCAUGGAUUGGACGUAUGGAGGGAUGGAGGGAUGUGUGUGUGUGUGUGUGUGUGUAGUUGAGGGUUGUUUGCGGUGCCCCCUGUGCUUCCGGGACAUCCCUGUGGAAGGUCACCCUGACAGACAGACAGACAGACAAACAGACAGCCAUUGCAAACAAACCACGCCCGUGUGUGUGUGUCGUUGUGUGUGUCAACCAACAGGCACCAGUGUGUCUUUUGCGUGGCAGGACCACCUGCUGCAAGAGGGAUGCCCAGCGAACCCAAGGUCAAUGUGACGACAGACAACGGUGGAGGGUGGAUGGAUGGAUGGAUGGGGUGUACAGCCAGCCAUCCAGCCAGCCGCCAUAUUCGUUCAGUGUAUAUGAUAUGCAUGCUGUGUGUGCAUUGCAUUGCAUUGUGUUGCGUUGCGACGCGCGCUGCUUGCAUGAUGACAUGUACGGUGCAUGACAUGCGGUGGGGUGAGGGAGUGAACGUGUGCUGUGAGUGAGAUGAACGAGAAUAGAAUGAC